CAGAUACUCGGACAUGAUACCACUGUUUGGCAGGGCAGUUCCUGAACUGAGCAUGAUCACAAAUGUAGUUGUAGACUACAUUUAUGAUCACCACGGCCACCGAGUUUCUCACUGGAAUGAAAUGCUUUUCAGCCCUGAUAAUCUAAAAGAUUAUGCUAGUUCUAUUUUUUUAAAAGGAGCUGCACUCAAUAACUGUGUUGGGUUUAUUGAUGGAACUGUCCGAGCAAUUUGUCGGCCAGGGAAACUGCAAAGAGCUGUCUACAAUGGUCACAAACGUGUCCAUGCUAUUAAAUUUCAAUCUGUUGCUCUGCCAAAUGGAAUGAUUGGUCAUUUGUAUGGACCUAUGGAGGGAAGAAGGCACGACUCUUUUAUGCUUGCACAAUCUGGUCUACUAAACCAACUUCAAACAUUUUGCUUUACUGAAGAAGGCCAACCUCUAUGUCUAUAUGGAGACCCAGCUUACCCAUUAAGGGUACACCUGCAGGCUCCAUUCAGAAAUGCUGUUUUAACUCAGCCGAUGAAAGAAUUCAACAAAUCUAUGAGCAAAGUUCGCAUAGCAGUUGAAUGGCUUUUUGGAGACAUCGUGAACUAUUUUAAAUUCAUGGAUUUUAAAAAGAAUUUAAAAAUUGGCCUGAGCUGUGUUGGGAAAAUGUAUAUUGUUUGUGCAAUACUACGCAAUGCAUUAACUUGCCUCUAUGGAAAUCAAACCUCAGAGUAUUUUGGUCUAAGCCCUCCCACUCUACAAGAGUAUUUUGGGAACUAUUGACUAAAGACAUUGUAGAUAAAACAUUUAUUGCACACUCUGUAAAGUACAGUACAAUAUUAAAACCAUAU